UAUAGGGCUUUCAAGUCUUUUCUUACAGAAACCAUCUAUAACUCUAGCAGAGCUCAUUAUAGAACAGAACAGAAACAGAAACAGAGCUUUCUAAUUCUACAGCACAGACUGUUUUACUUUCUUUCCUUUUUGAGCAUUUCUUCUUUCUGUUUUUUUUCCUCUGUUUUCUCUUUCUUUCCCUUUUGGGUUUCCAUCUCUUUAAGGCAUUUCUCAGAGUUUCCUGUGAACUCAUCUGUUUGUUCUCUUCUUCCGGUUUCACUUUUUCAUGUCCUGCCGUUAUUACAACAAGGAUUGUGUUUGAUCCGAUGGAAGGAUUGGAAUCUGUGUACGCUCAAGCUAUGUAUGGAAUGACCCGAGAAAGCAAAAUCAUGGAGCAUCAUCAAGGAUCAGAUUUGAUUUGGGGAGGAAAUGAGCUAAUGGCUCGAGAACUCUGUUCUUCUUCUUCUUUUCACCACCAACUCAUUAAUCCGAAUCUUAGCAGCUGUUUCAUGUCUGAUCUUGGAGUCAUAGGUGAGAUUCAACAGCAGCAACAUGUUGGAAACAGAGCUAGUUCGAUAGAUCCAUCAUCACUCGAUUGUUUGUUAUCGGCGACGUCGAACAGCAACAACACUUCGACGGAAGACGAUGAAGGGAUUUCUGUGCUUUUCUCAGAUUGUCAGACUCUUUGGAGCUUUGGUGGGGUCUCAUCUGCAGAGUCUGAGAACAGAGAGGUCACUAAUGAGACGACAACAACGAUAAAGCCUAAGUCUUUGAAGAGAAACAGAGGAGGAGAUGGAGGAACUACUGAGACGACAACAACCACAACAACAAAGCCUAAGUAUGUGAAGAGAAACAGAGGAGACGAGACAGGAAGUCACUUCAGUCUUCUUCAUCCUCAAGAUGAUUCGGAGAAAGGAGGUUUCAAGCUUAUCUACGAUGAGAAUCAAUCGAAAUCAAAGAAACCAAGAACAGAGAAAGAACGAGGCGGUUCUUCAAACAUUAGCUUCCAACAUUCAACUUGUUUGUCUGACAAUGUCGAGCCCGAUGCUGAGGCGAUUGCGCAGAUGAAGGAGAUGAUAUACAGAGCGGCUGCGUUUAGACCGGUGAAUUUCGGGUUAGAGAUUGUGGAGAAACCUAAGAGAAAGAACGUGAAGAUAUCGACGGAUCCUCAAACGGUUGCAGCGAGACAGAGAAGGGAGAGGAUAAGUGAGAAGAUUAGGGUUUUACAAACAUUAGUUCCAGGUGGGACGAAGAUGGACACAGCUUCAAUGCUUGAUGAAGCUGCUAAUUAUCUCAAGUUCCUUCGAGCACAAGUAAAGGCUUUAGAAAACUUGAGACCCAAGCUUGACCAAACCAAUCUCUCUUUCUCUUCUGCUCCUUCGUUUCCCUUAUUCCACCCAUCUUUUCUUCCAUUGCAAAACCCUAAUCAAAUCCAUCAUCCAGGGUGUUGAACAAUUACAAAAAUCUACAGAUUUGAUUGAUUGACAGAUUCUAAACUUUUGAGUUUCAUCAUCAUCAACAGAAUCAUGGCGUCUUGAUUGUUUUAGCAGUUCUCAAGAAAGGCAACUUCUGUGAGAAGGGUGGUGUCGGGCAGUGUUGUUUACACUUUCCAGUCUUUGUUUUGCAUUUCUUUUUAUAUAAAGUUUGUUUUUAUAUAUAUAGAAUCUGUGGAAUUCGAGGGUUGAAUUUUUUUUUGCGAAAAACAGAGCCGCAAGAGGUUAAUUACUGUCUCUGCAACAUUUUUCAACCUUUUAUUACUUUAUUAGAGAAAAGAAAGCGUAAGAGAAUUGCAA